AUGACGACCAUUGGUGCUGUUUCGGCUCAGAACUUGGCGUCUCCAACAACGAGCGCCAUGAACGAUAAAGAUUCACAAGAAACCUUCAUCAUCGCGCAGGCCACCGAUGCCGACAUUGAAGGUAUCCUGCAACUACAGGCCAAAAACUUGCCCAAGAACAUUUCCAAGGAAGAAGCGGAAUCCCAAGGGUUUGUUACCAUUCAACAUGAUUUUGAUGUUCUCCAGCGCAUGAAUAGUCCCCAUCCCCACGUUGUGGCCAAAGAACCAGACACCCAAAAAGUAAUUGGCUAUGCUCUCGUCAUGUUGCCUGAGUUUCGUCAUGAUAUACCCGCUGGAGCUCCCUUGGUAGAUCAAAUUGAUACCGUUGUAUACGAGGGAGAUCGGCUUGGUGAGGAGGACAGGAACAGCAAAACAAAAAAGUAUGUGCUGGUGGGUCAACUGUGCGUUGCCAAGGAGUACCGAGGACAGGGGAUUUCCUCCGCCAUGUACCGAGAGUAUCAACGUCGCAUGGCACCUCAUUUCCGCUAUGUCGUGACUGCUGUUGACCUCCGCAACACAAGAUCCAUGAGAGCACAUGAAAAGGUUGGAUUUCAGGUUGUCCAUCGUUUUGGUGGUGCCACUGACGCCAGUGCUGAGUGGGCCAUUAUGUUGUUUCCCACAACCAAAAACAAACGCCGUUGA